CCCCCUCUCCACACCCUGCCGCCAUUGCCGAUCUCGCAGCAGCCAAAGCUCCAAAUUAUAGCGCCGCCGUCCCCAGUUGUUCGGUCUCGCACCAAUCUGAUGGCAUCAUCGUCCUCGUCCGUUGUCCCAGCAGCCGGCGGCCACCAGGAGGAUAUCGCCCCACUCCCGCUCAUCCGUUGCCCCAGAUGCAACAGAGGUACCACUAUCUGGUUCAUAUCAAGCACUGAAAAGAACCCGGGCAGACACUUCUACAAGUGCGAAUACCACGGGACUCCUGUAUGCAACUUCUGGAAGUGGGAGGACAAGUAUGUCGAAUACAUCAUCGCACGCUGGGGACACGUCUUCUCGCCGGCGCCUCUGCAAGCCGGCACCGACGAGCUCAAGGCCAUGCUGCUGCAGAACAAGGCUGACAUCAAGAACAUCAAGUGGAUGCUGAUGGGCUGGAUCACUGUGGUCGCCCUCCUCCUUGCGGCCAAGUAUUAGUGAUAGCUGAGUUGGAUUAGCCAACGAGUACUAAGUAAGUUAGAGCACCCUUUCUAAUCUAAUUCACAAUGUAACCGGGUAGUCAAAUUCUCUAGUUGUUGCAAGUAAUCCCCAUUUAGCAAGGUCAUUUAGCAUGACAGUGGCCAACUCAGUGUCUUGACUCGACAGCUGUAAUCCUUUUUAUGGAAUCAAUAAA